AGUUGACUUAGUUUGAUGGUGAUGCUGGAUUUGUAUAUUUGUUAGCUAACUCGCGUAGGAUACUUAAAGAUAUUCAUUGAUUCGUUUAUAAUGUCUAAUUUAUUAGAAUGUAAUCUGACAAAAGGGUUUUGUAUAGACAUUUUGAGAAGUUGGUUUAUUUUUAUUCUACAGCGUUGACCUCUUUGCAUGAGAAAAUUGUGAAGUCAUGCAUUGAAAAUGGAGUUUCCUUUUAAUACUAAUGAAAUUUUGCCCGGAAGAAUUUCAGUUAUUGAAACUGUUGAUUCUGGUCUUAUUAUAUUCGAUUUAGAUUCUAAAAAUGAUAAUAUUUCCGAUUGCAAUACUUCGUGGACAUAUCAUCCCUCUGCAAACACACCAUGGGAUUUAAAAAUAAAAAGGAGAAAAGAGGCUUUAGUUGUUAUUGUUGAUGAAAUAGGACUUGCUUCUUCAAAGGCUCAAAACUUGCGCGCCCCAAUUACUUCAUUGAAAAAGCUGUUGAGUUCCAGUCGGCAAAAAAUGUAUGUUAUUAAAGAUGUUGAAUCCAGAUUGAUAAUUGGAAUGCUAAAAAUUGGAAUCAAGAGAUUAUUCCUUUUUGAUGAACUUGGAGCACAUCAUGAAGUAGAUCCAUUGUGCAUAUUAGAUUUUUAUGUUCAUGAAUCAAAGCAGAGAUGUGGUUUUGGACGUGAGUUAUUUGAUGCCAUGCUUCAAGCUGAAAACAUCUCUCCAGAAAAAUUGGCCAUAGAUCGUCCGUCUCUUAAGUGCCUAGCAUUUUUGCAGAAGCAUUAUAACCUGAAAGAUCCUGUAUUGCAGACUAAUAAUUUUGUGAUAUAUCCUCAUUUUUUUCAUAACAGGCCAGUUACAAGACCUCCUAUUUUUCUGUAUAAAGGGAAGGUUUUGGAAAGAUCUAAUCGAAAUUCAAAACAGAAAGCUGACUCUAACAAGCAAAAUACUGAUAGUUUGCAAACUGUGAGAGUACCAGUCAGUGCUACUGAACUAAAGAAAAAUAAAACAUUUUAUUCAUCAGCUGGAAAUUGCUUACAAUGGGAUGAUUUCCACUCAAACAAUGGGCUUCCAAUCAAAAAGCAUAACUUAAACUCACCUUCUCAUAAAUUGUCACAUUAUUCAGAUAGAAGCAAAGAUGCUCAUAAGUGGGGAGUUCAUGAUGCUCUGCACAGCUAUUCUGCUAGUAAAAAAGAUUUAGAUUACUGGAAUCAGACUUCUCAUUGUUCACUAACGCCAGUCGAUGGAGUACCAAGGUGUUCUCCGCAUAAAUGGAACCAGCUUCAAUCAUCUUGGAACAUUCUUGGUGUCAAGCCAGUAAAUUAUGCACUUUAUCAAAAAGACGGUUGAGAUUCCUGCUUCUUAUGCUAUGCUUAACUUAUUUAAAUAUUACACUAUUUUUUUUUUCAAGAACUUGCAUUUAUAUUGGCUGCUGAUAAAUCAUGUCAUAGAAUAUUUUCAAUCUUUUAAUAAUUAUUUUGUUCUAAUGAUAUUUUAUAUUAGUUUAAUGAAACUGCUUUUGUUCAUAAUUUUUGUGACAAUGAAUUUUGAUACCUAAAAAUAACUUUUGGUGAGAGUUCCUUAUUUAUUCUUCCUCCCCCCCCCCAAAAAAUGAAAAUUUCUUAAAAUUACUUUGCUGCAUCAUUCCUUGUAGAAUUAGCAAAAUUUCAGAUAGCCAUUGUAUCCAUAAGCUAACCACUUUGAAUAAAAAAUAAACAUUAAGCAUUUCUAGUGCAAAGACAUUAUAGUUUAAUUUUUUUAACUGAAAAUUCUUCUUAAAAAUUGGUUUUGAGGCUGUUUGAAACCUGAAAACCACGCCCUGACCUUCUCUGAUUUUUAAUCUCGUUUUUAACCUGCUCUAAGCAGCAAUUUAUAACUUGUCUCAUAGAUUUUAUAUUGUGAUGAAAAUGUCGUUUUGUUUUUUAUUUUGAGUAUUUAUAACUUUAUUAACCGGUGUAAACAUUUUCUGUAAAAAAUUUUUUAAUGUUAUUAUUUUAAGAGUUUAUUUAUUGUUUGUGUGCUUUUUUACUUUAUCGUUCAUUUUCAUGAAGUAUGUGCAAUAUGUAUCUAUUACCCCAUGUAACAUGAUACUUUACACACUUUCAUAACGUCUAAAACAUGAGUAAGUGUAAUAAAAAUCAGGCAGCUUCGUGCCUCUCAUGUGCUUGUCUCCAAACUGUAGAUGGUGCUCCUUAAUCUUUUUGCUAAUUAUGCAAUAUGUGGUCUGGUACUUUUCCUAUUCAGUGAAACCAUUGUUAAUUAGCUAUUGCUAUGUAUAAUUAAUAAUCUUUACUAAUAAUAAAGUUGAAAGUCUCU